CCCUCUUCUCCACCACAAACUGAAACCCUACCUUCCUCAUUGCUGCCGAAUCUCCUUCCUCACCAAAGCUAUGGCCGUCGUCGAUCUUCAUCAUCUUCUCUCCUUCAUUGCUGUCGAACCCCUUCCUCACCAAAGCCAUGACCCUCCCUUCCUCAUUGCUGUCGAAUCUCUUUCCUCACCAAAGCCAUAGCCGUCGAGCAUUCCGGAUCUAACAAAUCAUGAAGCGUCAAUCUUCAUCAUCUUCUCUCCUUCAUUACUGCCAAACCGCUUUCUCACCAAAGCCAUUACCCUAUCUUUCUCAUUGUUGCCGAAUCUCCUUCCUCACCAAAGCCAUGGCCGUCGAGCAUUCCGGAUCUAACAAAUCAUGGCGUCGAUCUUCAUCAUCUUCUUUCCUUCAUUGCUGCCGAACCCCUCUCAUGGCUGUCGGACCACUUGCAGGCCAGACCUAACAAACCACCGCAGCCCUCUUUUUUUUUUUUUUUUUUUUCCCUUGAUCAUUGCUGUUUUUCCCUUUUUCUGUUCGUUCUUUGUGUUGAUGGUGAUUUCUGGUUGCAAGCAUUGAUCAAAAAGACCAAUCUUAACCCAAGAAAGAUUUGGGUAUGCUCCAGCUACUCAACUUUGGAGAGGUAGACUCCAUGUGAUGCGUGGCAGCAAUGAGAAUCGACAUACACCAGGAUUAAAGCAUUGGAGUCUUGCUGUUAAGGAUGGAAAACCUUUAGAGAAUGAGUGGAGGAAUGAGAUACCUAUGACAAAUGGUGGACCUCACAGGUUUGUAGAUAUGUCCUCUGGAUGAGAAUGCUAUUUGUGUAGUUGAAACAUGGAAAUUGUUUACCUUUCAUUAAAUGAAAUUAGCAUAUUCAC